CGUUCGGCGAGAUGCGUCGCGUGUGAUUGUUUCGAUUUUCUUAGAGAAGUACGAAAGUCAGUGACAGCUUCACACUCGUGACGAGUUUUGUGUUGGAGUUUCGAGUGUAUGUGUAUGUCUCGUUACGAGAAGUGCGGAGUGCUUACUUUACGCGCGCUUAUUUCUUCCCGCGUCGCGACAUAACCUACAAUUUGAUGUGACAUCGUCACCGGUGUUGGACAUUUCGCAAGUUUAUAUUGCCCAAGCAUGGCAAUGCUAGAUUAUCUUUCUGCUGAACUCACUGCCACUUGUGCUGCAAUUGGAUAUUAUGAUGGAACUACUUACCAUUUAGACAAGAAUUGCUUAGAAGUUAUAAAGGAUCUUAUCAGAUAUCUUAAAAGAGAUGACGAUACACAUACUAUAAGACGCUUUCUUGGACAAACAAGAUUACUUCAGACAGAUCUUGUAAAGAUUCUUAUACAUCAUGUUAAAAAUAUUGAACUUUGGGAUGUUUUGUUGCGAUUACUUAUUAAUUUGACAAGCUCUGCGUUUGUAAUUUACAAUGAACAGAUACCUACUGAAAAAACAAUGCGUAGUUUCUAUCAACAAAUUGUUACAUAUUUACAAGAGUAUAAAGCAGCGUUAACCGAUGAGAAUGUGUGGUUGGCAGUGGCUGGUCGUUUGGGGACUCUAUUUAACAUUGAUAGUAAAGAAAGAGAAGAAGAAAACGAAUUAACAAUUGAAAGAAUUCUUGCUUUUAUUAGAAAUGUAUUGCAAGUGCCACCUAAUGACAAUGAUAAAAGAGCUGAUAAUGAUGCCACUGUUCAUGAUGAGCUAUUAUUUGCAUUUCAUGCAUCUGGUAUAGUGGAUAUUAUAUUAUUUAUUGUUAGUAACAAGAAUGAACAACAAUACCACAUGCAAAUUUUAGAGAUUAUAUCUUUAAUGUUACGUGAGCAAAAUGCAAGUUUGUUGGCUGCAUCUGGAUUGCAACGUAGCACCGCUGAAAGAGAAAAUGACGAGGCUAGUCUCGUAGCCUUGCGACAAAAAGAGCUACGUGAAAAAAUUUACAAAGUAAAAAAGUACGCUGGGUCAAGACACUCACGAUUCGGCGGUACUUAUGUCGUGCAAAAUAUGAAAGCUAUCGGAGAAAAUCAAAUGAUAUGCCAUAAACCGUAUCAAAAAAUUGAAGCAGUGGAAUUUGGUCACGAUAAGAAAAGAGUGAAGCGACGCAGAGAUAAAAUGAGCCUGCAAGACGCCAAGGAAGAACGCACGUCUGUCCUCAGCGUACGGCUCUUUCUAAAAGAAUUUUGUGUAGAAUUUCUAAGCGGAGCUUACAACCCCGUGAUGAAAUUCACUCGAUCUUGCUUCAUCAAUGACCCUCAUGGCCAAGCAGUGGAAGCAGCUGUCUAUCUGUGGGUCUUACGUUUCUUCAUGGAGUUCAAUCGACAUUACAAGUUUCAAGUGAAAUAUGUAAGCGAAACUAUAUCUACAGAAGUGUUUUAUUUAGUGCAAAGACAAAUGGACCAAUAUUAUGAGAUGAUAAUAGUCGAUAAAAAAAAGAUACCACUUUGGUCUCGUAGAUUACAUUUGGCAUUAAAGGCGUAUCAGGAACUUCUUAACACUCUUAUGGCAAUGGAUAAGAAUAGCGAUGAUGGUGUUAGGGAAUCUAGCAAGAUAAUUAAAAGCAAUAUCUUUUAUGUCCCGGAAUAUCGGGAAACGAUACUCUCUCAGCUUUUGUGCUUCGAUGAAGUUAAAAUGUCACGGCAGUACUUAGUGGAUCUUAUCACAACUAUUCAUACAUUUCUGAAAAUGCUUGAACAUUACUGUCGGAAAGGCCAGCGACAUCUCGUAGUUCAAAAAAUAAAGUUAAAGAGAAAAAAAGCUAAAAAGGGAAAAAAGUCUACUCAGGAAAACGUAACUACAGCUCCUACUUUGGAAGAACGUUGGGAUAUUAUUGGUCCCGAAUUAUCUGCUGUUAUGCGCGAUGCCGUUAUACCUGUAGUAGUGCCGUUUGACGCAACCUUAGACAUGCCUAUCGACGAUCAAAAAACGAACGCUAUGAAGAGAAUUCAGAAAUUAAUGCGACAAAGAAACUUGGAACAGGCAGUUGGUCUUCUACGUGCAGCAAGAGAAAUCUGGCCCGAGAAUGACUGUUUCGGAAAAGUGGAUAUACUUCCCGAGGAAGAAUUUCUAGCUCUUCGCGAAAUCUUCUUUGCAGAUCUGGGUGGUGAGUUAUUUUAUUUUUAAUUUUAUAUUUUUGAUAAUAAACAUAAAUAUUUCUUAAUAAUGUUCUUAAGAUCAUAUAAAUAA